AUCUAUCUGGCAAGCAUUGUAGAUUUGUGCUGCAUGAAGUGUCCUGUAAAGAAUUCACACUACAGCAACCGUACAAUUCCUUCCUUUGUUACCGAGUAGUUUGUCGUUAAGAUAACAUUUCACUUUGCAGCUCGUUGAGUAACUCGUUAGUAACUCGUUAGUAACUCGUUAGUAACUCGUUAGUAACUCGUUGAGUAACUCGUGAACUCAUACCGUUGAUUGUUAGACGGGGUAGUUGGAGUUGUAAGAAUGGAUGAGCGGGAUGAAGUAGAGCUUACCACAAGCCUAACAGGGCUACCCAGUAUAUACGAUCUUGAUAAAGGAAAUGGUAAGAUAUUCGCCUUGAUAGAAUCAGGGAAUCACACUGGAGUGGAGAAGUUUCUGGCAGAAAGGGGUCACAAAGUGAAUAUCACACCAAAGAUAGGAUGUUCUCCCAUACACUACUCAAAGUUGAAUCUUGCCAACUGUGAGAAUGAAAAUGACGAUACUCCACUGAUCAUGGCAGCCAAGGUUGACUGCAAGAUGGUCCAGAUAGUUAUCAAGUACGGAGGUAACCCCAACCAUGCCAAUAAGGAUAGAGAUACCCCACUCAGCAUCGCAGCCAAUAGAAGCGACAGAGAAACUAUAGAUGUACUUCUGUUAGCAGGGGGUAACCUCAGGGCUGCUGUGGUAAAGCUUACAUCAGCAUUAAGGUACAUCUCUGAAAAACAGCUCAAAGAAUCUACCAGAGCUGGCUUCAGUGUCAGGCCCUUGACUAUUUUAUUAGCAGAUGAUGUAUAUCUAAAGUGCAGAGAUCCUAUAAAAACAGCUUUCGAUGUCUGUAAAGAUAUCGAGCACAUAAAGGACGUAAGAGACGAGUUCAAAAUUGAAUUUGAGUUGCUGAUGAGGGAUUCAGAUCUUUUUGCAUACAAGUUUCUCAACCAUUGUGAUAAAAUGUUUGAAGCGAGGGAGAUAUUAACGUCAUCUCUAAACCUCCUUACAACUGCGAUAGAUCGAAGCAAGAAAAAAUUUGUCUCUCACCCGUUCAGCCAGCAGAUCAUUAAUGAACGUUGGUACGGUGAAACUGCUAACAGAUUAUUGUUCGGAAAGACUCUAAUAACAUUCAAGUACUUGACAAGCCCUCUAGUACUACCAUUACUCUUUCUGAAGUUUCUCUUCAUUGAUAUUUGCAGAGGUAUUCCUUUCAUGGACUCGUCUUUUGCUGAUCUAUUGAGGUUGUUGUUCGUCCCUUGUUUGUGCUUCACAACAGAUGCAAUAAACUACAUAGGCUUCAUGGCUGUGAUGGUUAGUACUUGCCUUAUUCCAUUUGGAGCGGGAACAUAUAAGGUGACCGCUAUAGAAUACGUGCUUUACUACUGCGUAUUCGCUAGGAUUCUCAUUGAGACUGACCUUCUCAUUCAACAAACCUGGAAGCGAUACUUUCGCAACUUCUGGAACUUUGUAGAUUUAUCCGUCAUAUUACUGUUAGUGGUGGCUGCAAUUUAUAAGGGCAGCAUAAACUAUAUUAUAAGCAGACAGCAAAACAUUAUCGAGGCAAGCAAUUACAAUUCCCGCGAGUUCAACAUCACGUGGUAUGCGGGCCAAGAAGAUAUCCUGAUCAACCAGCAUGACAAUUCUAUGAACGUGAACUUCAUCUACGCUGUUGCCGAAUUCAUCUUGACAAUUAGGCUGCUCAGUCUUCUAGAAAUCCACAAAUCACUUGGUACAAUGUUGAUUGCACUGAAGUAUCUGGCUGCUGACGUCAUAAAAUUUGGUGUGAUCCUUCUUACAAUCAUAUUAGGAACAUCUGUAGCUAUUUUCUCCAUGACCAUUGCUCUGCAAGAAUGGAAUCAGGAAUUGGAGACGAUAGCGGUGCUUUAUGACUGGCCAGAAGGCCUCCCAAAGAAGCUGCCUGACGUAACUGAUGAAAGGAAUAGGAUAGAAAUACCAGAUGUAUUUGCCACCUUCUCAGACACAUUACGAAACAUCUUGUGGGGGACGUUUGGACUUCUUGAUGUCGUGAAUCUGAAGAUAGAGAAAGAACAACCUACCACAGACUUCAUAAACAUAAUGAUGAUUCUGUACGUUCUUCUCUCAUGUGUGCUUCUGCUAAACAUGCUCAUCGGUAUUCUGAGCAGCACGUUUGACAUGGUUAAACAGAACUGUGAUAUUGAGUGGAAAUAUGCACGAAGUACCCUGCUCAAGGAGUACAGCAGGGCGCAACCUUUCCUCUUUCCAUUCUUCCCUUUUCUUUUUCCCUUUAUUAUUUGGUUCCGCCGAAAGUUGAGACAGGAGCAGACUAAGAACCGUCAGAAAGAUAGCAAUCUUACAGAAGAGAAUGAACGUGACAAGCUAAUUGAGGCAGUCUGCGAUAGGUUUAUGUUUGGGAACUUAGUUGGUGGAUCUGAUGGUGAUGGUGAUAUGGAGGAUCAAUCUUUUGAGACAAGAAUGAAGUUUAGAAAGCAAAAAUCUGUGUUGCUACAGAUAGCACAAAAAGUAAAAAGCAAAAGUAAAGCACAAAAGUAAAAGGAAAGAAGUAGAAUUUGAAAGAGAAUAGAGUGAGUGAUAAUGGAUAUUGAUUCGGACAGAGUAGUAGAUUGUUAUUAAAUAAACUAAUUACAACACUACAAAUCUAUUACAUUUAAAUUUGAGAAUUAUGUAAUGUAACGCGAUGGAAGUAUUUUAAGCGGGCAUAUCCUGUCUAAACCCAGGAUGCACGACAUAAAGAAUUUGUUUUAACUUGUUUGUAUGAAAAGCAUCAAUAAACAAUUUAUAUCUUUAUAUCUAGCGUGAGUUCAAGAUAGGUAACAAUUGAAUAAUACGGUCAGAAAGUCUAGUGUUAUACACUAAUUACAGGGUGUUCCACAUAAAAUAUGACCUCGUUGAAAGAGAAUAAACAAUC